CUAACAAGUCCCGGCGCCAGGGCACCAUGGCAGCAGGGCACCCGACCCGGCAUGAAUUCGUCGGGCUUGGUAAUGCAGCGGCUCGCAUUGCCCACCGCAGGGAGCAUCCUCGAUUUCGACUUGCCAACGUCAUCCGGGUCGCCGACUCGCGUAGGUACGAGAGAGCGCGCGCUCUGGCUGAGAUUAUCCCGUGCCAACCUAACCCUCCCCCUCCACCCCUCCCCCUCCCUCCCCCUUUGCGGUCGGUGGCUGGCUGGCCUCGGGUGCCUCAGGAUCAGAGUCAGACUCUUUAGGAUAAAUAUAUAUACUAUCUUGCCGCGAGCUGCCUCACUCACCCCUCGGUGCCCCUAUGUGUAGGACCGAACCCGUAAACAACAAAACGCAUCAUCACCAAGGCAUCAUCGGUUGCGUCAACAACAUCCAACCACCGACACCCCACCAUCACACAUCACACCACCGCAAUAUCCCAAUCGGUCGAGCAUGAUCUCUACCACGACCGUCCAAGCCCGCUCGCAGGCCUCGCGGCACGCCGUCAAGCUCGCCCGGACCGCCGCUCUGCCGGUCGUGCCCUCGCAGUACGCGCUGGGCCUGCGACUCGGCUCCUGCUGCUGCGGCGCCUCGCAAGCCUCCCGCGCGUCGUCGCCAACUCCCUCCUCGUCGGCGGCGUCGUCGCGACACUUCUCGACGACCCGCGCGGCGCAACUCCGCGACUUCUUCCCCGCAAAGGACACCCCUCACAUCCUCAAGACCAAGGCCGCCUGGCCUCACCAUGGCUACACCAUGGAGGAGAUGACGUCGGUCGUCCCGGCCCACCGCUCGCCGCGCAACUUUAGCGAUUGGGCCGCGUGGAAGAUUGUCCGCUUCGCCCGCUUCUGGAUGGACAAGGCCACGGGCAUGGACCGCGAGCAGCAGGUCGACAAGAAGAAUCCCACCACGGCCGUCGAGGCCCAGCAGCCCCUGACGGAAGCGCAAUGGCUCAUCCGCUUCGUCUUCCUCGAGAGCAUCGCCGGCGUCCCCGGAAUGGUCGGGGGCAUGCUGCGGCACCUCAACAGCCUGCGCCGCAUGAAGCGCGACCAGGGCUGGAUCGAGACGCUGCUCGAGGAGAGCUACAACGAGCGCAUGCACCUCCUGACCUUUAUGAAGAUGUGCGAGCCCGGCCGCUUCAUGAAGCUCAUGAUCAUCGGCGCCCAGGGCGUCUUCUUCAACAGCCUCUUCCUCGCUUACCUCGUGAGCCCCCGCGUCGUCCACCGCUUCGUCGGCUACCUCGAGGAGGAGGCCGUCCACACGUACACGAGAGCGAUCCACGAGAUCAACGAGGGCCACUUGCCCAAGUGGUCCGAUCCCGAGUUCCGCAUCCCGGACAUUGCUGUCGAUUACUGGAACAUGCCCGAGGGCCAGCGCACCAUGAAAGACCUGAUCCUGUACAUCCGCGCCGACGAGGCCGGCCACCGCGGCGUCAACCACACCCUCGGCAACCUCAACCAAAAGGAGGACCCGAAUCCCUUUGUCAGCACGUUCAAGGACCGCGAGGCGCCCAAGCCGAGCCUGAAGCCGGCCGGCUACGAGCGCUCCGAGGUCAUCUGAGUCGCCCUCGUCAUGGGGUUUUGAGCGUCUCGGCGCGGUAUUUGGAUUGCACACAGCAGCACGGGAGGAUGGUCAUAAGACGGGCAGCUCAUGGCAUAUACCAAGAUAGAGAGGCACUGGGGCGUUGUGGGAGUUGGGCGACGGCACGAUCACCUUUUUGAUAUCGGUGGCUGACCGCAUCUCCGCUUUGGUUUGCAUCUGGUUUUGGCGAUUUAUCAUGGAAUCUCGAUACAAGGAGAAGGAGUGGCCUCGAGGCCCGGCGAGAUUAGAGAGACUGGAUGGUGGGUGCAGCUCUCCGAAGUUGGAAUUGGAGCCAGACAUAAUAUCCGCAGCCUACAGAGUAGCUUAGGAUGCAACAUGCACUCGACCUGCUCGAGCAUCGACAAUGGGUCCAUGCAGGGAAGUUAGUCGGUACUAAUUAGUCCCAACAGCCGCGUGGCAAGGCAUUCUCCCCCCAUCAACCGAACAUCAGCGGUGGGCCGCAUUCUUGAUUGGCGAUGUGUCUGCCCGAUGGGACGCUGCACUCAUCAAUCCUACCUUGCGGUCGCGCGGGGGCACGAGUAGGAUGCCAUCUAUAUACCCCGUAGUAUGCAAGUGCUUUACACGGUCCGCCGGUGUGCGGUCUUGUUCAAUGGCGCUGCUGGUUGGCCCUCCUGCGGCACGGACUGAUGCCGACAGUACGUCUCGCGGAGGCGAACUUUUCUCAAUUGAGAGACCGCGUAGGAGUGUCGAAUGGUCACCCAUCCUCCUGCAGCUUUCCUUCUCGACUAAUUUGUGGCAUCAUCAACCGUCGCUGUGGUGUUGGGCGACGGAAACGUGUCCGCCAUGUCUGGGACGUGCCAUGCCCUUCCAGGCUUGCGCGUUCGGUCCCAGAUGUAUCCUACUAACUUAGCCAGGGACAACACGACGGACCUUGCACGGUGAUUACGUGGCGCAGACUUUCUCUGGUGAGCGCGUAGUACAGUAUGUUGACGUAGAGUUUGGGGGUGGCUGGACGGCCAUGUGCACUGGAUGCUAUUUUAAGGGUCCUACGAAAACG